AUGUCAUCCAAUAUCACUCAUGUGGCGGUCCUUGGCGCAACUGGGCAGACGGGCAGCGUCAUUGUGAAGGCUCUUCUCGAGUCCAAAUCACCGGAAUUUAAAGUCACGAGUCUCACGAGACCGUCCUCUCUUCAAAAGCCAGCAGUCAUCGAGCUGGCAAAGAGAGGGGUGGAGAUUGUGGCUGCUGAUCUAAAUGGACCUACCGAAGAAUUGGAAAAGGCACUUGCGGGAGUAGAUAUUGUGAUAUCCACUAUCUAUGGUGGUAACCUCAUGGAUGAAAUCCCACUCAUGGAUGCAUCCAAAUCCGUUGGUGUCAAACGAUAUUUGCCGUGCUUUUUCGCAACCAAAGAGGACGUGCUCAACUACGCAAAGAAACUCAAUCUUCCGUACACCGUCAUCGACGUAGGUUGGUGGUAUCAGGUCACCUUGCCUCGCCUCCCUUCUGGUCGCAUCGAUUAUGCCGUUAUGGAAACGAUGGACGGCAUAGCGGGCGAAGGUAAUGUUCCUUUUGCUAUUACAGACGUCAGAGACAUCGGGAAGUAUGUUGCCCGGAUCAUUGUUGACCCUCGGACUGUGAACCGGAUGGUUUUGGCCUACAAUGAAGUCAGGACACACAAUCAGUUAUAUGACUUGUUGGAAAGUCUCAGCGGUGAGAAAAUGGAACGCAAAUUUGUCCCUGUCGAUGCUAUUAGGUCCAGCAUUUCUGAGAUCGAGGCAACAAAUCCAAGCGCAGACUCGGCUGAAUUUGUCACACUUUGUCAGUAUCAAUACUGGUACUCCUGUUGUGUUCGUGGAGACAAUACACCAACGUACGCCAAGUACUUGGGGUAUCUUACCACCAAGGAAUUGUAUCCAGACGCCGAAUGGAUUAGCCUGGAGUCGUACGUCCAAGAAGUCCUUGAUGGGAAAGCUAAGAGAGUAUAUGAGCAUUUGGAGCACUUGACUCCUGCCAGGGCAGAUACGAAAUAG